AUGACCUCUCAAAUCACAUUUCGAAAGGUGGUCGCCAAAUUCAGUCACCAACUAGCUCAUCCAUCUCCACCAUCCUCUGCGCUCGUUCAUUUAUCUAUUCCCCAACGGUAUAUGGCGCCAAUUAAGAUGAUGGAUGAGGAAAUUGAGGCUAGUAUGUCUCUACUACAUAUGAUGCAACCAUCCACGACCAUUGCUACUGAUGUUAUGUCCUUGACAGACCACGGGAAUGAUGUUAAGAACAGGGACACAUUGCAUGACUCACUGAUGAAGGUAGUGGCGAAGCAAGCGUCAGACGAACUGUCUCUGCCUCGCAUAGCUGCACAAAAGAAGAUUCAGCGACGAGGUUUACGUCUAACGGCGCUGUCGUAUGGGCUUACACUCGAGGAAUUGCGCCCACACUUUGGCAGACCUAUCGUGGAGGUGGCACGUGAGUUUGGUAUUUGCACCACAUUUCUCAAGAAAAUAUGUCGUCGAUGCGGCAUUAAACGCUGGCCACAUCGUCAGAUUCGAUCGCUAAACCGCACGAUUGAAAUGCUCGAGCAAGUGGAGUCGGUAGCGACAGACGCUGAGGAGAAGGCCCGAUAUGCCGCGCAGAUUGAAGAGAUCAAGGACAAACAGCGUGCAGUGAUCGAAGAUCCAAAUGCCAGUGGUAAGUUGAUAACUCAAAUGAAAAAGUACGCAGUUCCUAAGCGUGCCACUGAUCCAAUGUCAACGCCUGUUGGUCAGGACAGCGAGUCUCUCAUGCGGCCCAUGACGACGACGUUUGACGGUGAUACCAAGAACUUGUCGGCUUUAGCUAUUGGAGUGGAUGUUGUAUCUAGUGUGUUAUGUUUUAGUAACUGUGAAGAAGCCAGGGCAUUCAAGACAAAGGUUCGACUUGAAGCUAGUCAACGUUCGACUCCACUGGAUGUACAAAUCCCCUCCUCGAUCUUGACAAUGACACCAGUUGUAGCUUCAAUGACAACGCCAGUGCACGCUCGUGCUUCUGAUAAGUCCUUCUUGAUGUUGAAAAUGUCUCCAAGUGAUCACAAACUGACGCUGCACAAGACCAACGAAGACGUUGUAUCAGCGCUGAAGCCGACGACGGAGACUCCGUCCUUGGACAGUACCAGAUCUUUCUUUGAGUGUAAUGUGUGUCUAGAUACGGUCUCUAGUCCAGUGGUAACACUGUGUGGUCAUUUGUACUGUUGGCCAUGCCUAUAUGAAUGGAUGCAAAAUCACUCGGAAUGUCCAGUGUGCAAGGCCGGAAUUAGCGAAGAGAACGUGAUACCCGUGUAUGCUAGAGGCACUACGGAUACGGACGAUUCACGAACAAAUCAGCAAGGGUCUGACAACGGGGUUCCCGAUCGUCCUCAAGGACAGCGACCAGACGCUGAGCAGCUCCGACGACGACGGCCAUUUAAUUUUGGAAUUUUCAUUGGAAGCGGACGCAGGAAUGCCUUCUCGAUAUCUCAAACAACUGGUUUCUUUCCAGCGCUUUUUCGGCAACCGCCAGCUCUCAUUACGCAUCAUCAAGACGGCACGCCCCUGACACCACUAGAGGCAUAUCAGCAAAUGCAGCAAGCCUCCCUGUCCCGCUAUCUUCUGAUUGCUGGUAGCCUCGUGAUUCUCUAUCUCAUCACGUUCUAG